AUGGAUCCUAAUCAUUUUCAUUAUCAACAAGCUUUUUUCAAUUACAUGCAAAAUUCUCAAAAUCCUAAUCCUCAAAAUUCUCAAAUUCCACUGGUGUCGACAAACCCCGCCAUAUUUCUUCUGUCACCAAACAAUCCAAAUAUGUAUCUUAUACCUCAAAUGAAUUCUAAUAGUAUGGAAUUUUCUACUCAAGUUCCAUCAUUUUCUACUCAAGUCCCACCAUUUUCUACUCAAGUUGAUACUGAAAAAGAAGAAAGGGUUGUCGUUAAAAAAAGAUCUCGAGAGCAAUUUACAAGGGAAGAAGAUAUACUACUUAUCCAAUCAUGGAUCAAUGUUUCAAAGGAUCCAAUUGUGGGAGUUGAUCAAAAGGCUGAGAAUUUUUGGUUAAGAAUUGCUGCUAGUUAUAACCAAUAUCGUGGGUAA